UGACAACAUGGAUUUGGACUCGAAGCUCUCCCCUGCGUGACGCAAAUAGACAGGGAUCAGCGCUAAACGAGGCCACGCAUUGUCUGCCCUCCCUUGGUUGCAAGCGAGCAACGUGAUUGGCCCAGGCCUCGGAAAGAGUGCCCGGGGAUCCAAAUGUAUAGGCCGCAUUUAGCUUAGUGUCGAAAAAUAUACCCAAACAAUAACAGACAAAACCGAGAAAGAAGAAAUAACGACGAUAUAUUUGAAGGAGUCCAUAAUCAGGGUUCUCUCCCCCGAUGGAAGGAAGAAACACCAGCAACACACUGUUCUUAUUUUAGAGAGCAUUGGCAUCAAAUGUGAAGAUCAAAGAGAUGGACCACGGCGGAGGGAUCCUGGAGCUACACUCACAGGAGUUAAAGAUGCCUCACACCAUGAUCAUGCAAGACUUUGUGGCAGGAAUGAGGGGCCUGGCCCACAUCGAAGGGGAUCACAUUGUGGUGUCCAUGCCAGAGGGCAUGCUCUUGUCUGACGUCAUGACGGACGAAGGCAUUCUGCUGGAGCACGGCCUGGAGGUGGAGGGCCUCGAGACGGAGGUGGAGGGCCUCGAGACGGAGGUGGAGGGCCUCGAGACGGAGGUGGAGGGCCUCGAGACGGAGGUGGAAGGCUUUGGAGAGGAGGUGGUGGAGCUGGAGACACAGAUGGUCGAGGUCCUCGAGGCGGAGGUCGAGGGCCUCGAGGAAGACCUAGAGACGGAGGUGAUUGAAGGCCCUGACAUCGGCCACGAGCACUUGCUGGGCACCGAAGUGGCUAUGGACUCUCACCACCUUCACCAUGUUCUAACCUCAGACCUCAUUCAGGGCUCAGUCCACCACCACAUGCCAGACCAGCUCUUUGUGGAGCACCAGGAGGAGGACGGGGUGGAGAGCUUGGACCAGGAGGUGCUGGUUGGGGAGGAGGUGGGGCAGGAGGAGACAGUGAUCCAGGCCCACGAGGGGCUGGAGGUGGAGGCUAUCUCUCUGCAGACUGACGAGGAUGAGAAGAGCACCUCGGAGGACUACCUCAUGAUCUCCUUGGAUGACGUUGGUGAGAAACUGGACAUAGGAGACACUCCUCUAGAGAUCACGACUGAGGUGAUGCAGGACGACAGCUCCAACAAGGAGGGGUCAGAGGUCAUCAAAGUCUACAUUUUCAAAGCAGAGGCCGAUGACGAUGUGGAGAUAGAUGUGUCAGACAUGGCAGAGCAGGUGUACAUGGAGGUGAUUGUAGGAGAGGAGGAGACCUCAGCAGUCCAGGAGAACCAGCUAGAUGACUCUCCAAACAGCAAGAUGUUUGUCCCGGUCUCCUGGGCUGCUGCCUACGAUAACAGUGUGGACACAGUGAAGAAUGGAGGGACCAGGCCAUACCUUCAGAUCAGAGACAGUCAGGGCACCAACAGAGCCCUCAAACAGAAGAUCAAGAAGAAGAAGAGGAAGGGAGAGACACGGCAGUGCCAGACCGCUGUGAUCAUCGGUCCAGACGGCAUGCCCCUGACCGUCUACCCCUGUCACAUCUGUGGUAAGAAGUUCAGGUCACAAGGCUUCCUCAAGUGCCACAUGAAGAACCAUCCUGACCACCACGUUAAGAAGUACCAGUGUACCGACUGUGACUUCACCACCAACAAGAAGGUCAACUUCCACAACCACCUGGAGUCCCACAAGCUACUGGUCCAUCGCAGUGACAGAGACAGAACCUCUUCCCCAGAGUACCCAGAAUACAACAGGACCACCCCAGAGUACCCAGAAUACAACAGGACCACCCCAGAGUACCCAGAAUACAACAGGACCUACACAGAAUACACCCGGCGUUACCACGAAGACAGCCAGCUUGGAUCUAACAAGCUGAUCCUGAGGGACAAGGAGUCCAAACUGCACCACUGUAAGUACUGUGACUAUGAGACUGCAGAGCAGGGGCUCCUCAACCGCCACCUAUUGGCUGUUCACAGUAGGAACUUCGCCCACGUGUGCGUGGAGUGCGCUAAAGGCUUCCGUCACCCGUCAGAGCUCAAGAAGCACAUGCGGACCCACACGGGCGAGAAGCCGUACUGCUGCCCGCACUGUGACUUUCGCUGUGCAGACCAGUCCAACCUAAAGACUCACAUCAAGAGCAAGCACGGUGCCGACCUUCCUUUUAAGUGUGGCCACUGCCCCCAGGCCUACGCAGACGAGGGGGAGCUGCAGCGGCACACAGAGAUGGUGCAGGGCCACAAGACCCACCAGUGUCCCCACUGUGAACACAAGAGCACCAACUCCUCUGAUCUAAAACGACACAUUAUAUCUGUUCACACUAAAGACUUCCCUCACCAGUGUGACGUGUGUGAGAAGGGCUUCCACCGGCCCUCUGAGCUGAAGAAACACUCAGAGAUGCACAAGGGCAACAAGGUGCACCAGUGCAGGCACUGUAACUUCACGACCUCUGAACCUUUCACCCUCAGCAGACACAUCCUGUCCGUUCACACCAAGGACCUCCCCUUUAAGUGUAAACGCUGCCGGCGAGGGUUCCGCCAGUCCACGGAGCUGAAGAAACACAUGAAGACCCACAGCGGGAGGAAGGUGUACCAGUGUCAGUACUGCGAGUACAACAGCCCGGACGCUUCAGGAUUCAAACGCCACGUGAUCUCCAUCCACACCAAGGAAUACCCCCACUGCUGUGACUACUGUUGUAAAGGCUUCAGAAGGCCCUCGGAGAAGAGCCAGCACAUAGCCAGGCAUCACAAAGAUAUGCUGACGGAACGAUGUGAAUACAGUGACGACACAAUGUUACCUGGAUAGAAACGGAUAGAAACAGAUUGCACACACACUACUCAGUCUAUGUAGACCUGUUUCACAUGACAAAGGGGGAACGCGUUUAGGCAGUUGAUAAGGAUGGAAUGGUACAUUUAGACUGCUAGCGACGAUAACAUUCUGACUGACUGCUUCUCUUUUUCUACUGGUUGUAUAGAGUAGGAAUAGAUCUCACCAGAAGCCCUCUCCUCCAGGUGUAAUCAAACUAAGCAUAUUGUGGAAGUUGGGAGAAGUUUAAAUCCAGGAAUGUAGUCUUUAUGUAUGUAUUUAUCUGCAGAGAGAGGAUUCACCAUAUGAUGAACAUUUAUUCAGGGUCUCAAAUUAAGUCUAUUUUUAUACAUGUUGAAACUCUGAGGUGGGAAAAAAGACGGUUAUUUGAGAACAUUCAGGCCUGUUCUUCUCUCUCUCACCAGACUGUAUCAAACUAGUGCUCUCCACUCUACCAACUAGUAUCUCCAAACCUGGGUUCAAAUCGUUUAGCAAUUAUUUCUUAUGUUUUAGCGUUUGCUUUGUCCUGCCUACAGUUCAAGGGGUUUGGACUUUUGCAAAUCUGUUGGUUCCAUUGUGCCAGGCAAGCACAGCUAAAGUAUGUAUUUGAAAUAGUUUUUGAACCCAGGUCUCAGUAUCCUACAAUAACCUGCUUUUUACCAUAGUACCGUUGGUUUUAAAGGCAAUCUGAAUCACAAUCAUGUAAUUAUUAUGAAUCUGAGUAACAUGAGUGGCCCGUUUGGGUGGUCCACCUGUGACGUCAGAGUGGAACAAUGUUUACACAAGCACCUUAACCGAUGAGCUACGAAACCAACUCAUUUUUUUAAAACAAACAACUUUUGUUUCGUUUCUUAACAGUGCCGACUAUUAUUAAUUAAACUUGUUGAAUGUUUUGAUGUCAUGUUAGGUGGACAGAUGGUUCCGUUCUGUGUUUGGUAAAAACUCCAGCAGUUGUCACUCUUUUUUGGACCUUGUUGUGAAUGCCACUGUAAGAUUUGUAUAUGAUGUGUACGUGUCAUCACAUAGAACACAGAUGGGGUCAGACACACAGAUGGGGUCAGACAAGCCAAACAUCCGAUGGUCACGUCUUAUGUUCUGUUUCUCCUCAUGCACUGAGCUCUGCUAAAACAGAAAUCUGAAAAGUAAAGUGAUUUUAAGUCUCAAACGUACGCCACGUAAAGUACCAUUCUCUAAGAGAUUAUGUGUGUCUGUUUUGAGUCGGUAGAAAGCACUUUAUUAUUUUGUUAAUUUUACAUGUAUGCAAAGGGUGUAUAUUUUAUAUUCCCAGAAUAUAAGAGACAAUAUGAGUGGUGGAGAGAGAGUUUGGGGUAUUUCAGGACCUUGUAUAGGUGGGACGGUAGCGACCGGUAUUCAUAUAAAGACAGCUGCGCUGUUCUGUAUUGAUAGCUCAUAGGUAAUUGGUUGGUCUUUCUGGUAAGAGUUCUGCUCACUGGUAUCCAGCAACCCCACAGUGACUGGGCUAUACCUUGAAUACAAUGGUUGAGAGAUUGGCAUUGGAUUCUUAAAGUAUGCACAUAAUAUGCUGUCCAUGGAAUUAAUUGUGGUUAAAAAUUGUAUGCAUUUUCUUGUACUUUUGUUGUCAAAUUUUCUUGUCUGAUUGUUCAGAAACUACUGUUGAGGACGAACCGAAAUUAACAGAACUACUGUUGAGGACGAACCGAAAUAAACAGUUCACUUUUUA